AGAGAGGAGUCAUGUGCACAAAACAGUCAACGGUGUUACAUAGACCUGCUUGACACGGCGGUGUGGAUGUGCCCCAGCGCCUCAACGUUAUCACCUGCGUCCGCUGCUGUUAGUUGACCGAGCGUGCUGUCCGAACCAUCGAAACUUUAUUGACACCCACCUCCCGCCCCCCCCUCCCCGUGCCCAGCCAUGAAGCUCAGCGUGGCGUUGUUCUUUGCCGGACUCUUCGGGGCCCUGGCAGUGGUCUUCAUCCUGCUGUCCUUCGGAACCGAUUACUGGCUGCUGGCCUCGGAGAGCUGCCGUCCGCCUUCUGACAAUGACCGCACCGCUGCGGAGCGUGGAGAUAUGCCAGAACAGAACGUUACCAGUGGGGUCGCUUUGUACCAUGAGGGCUUCUUCUGGAGGUGUUCGUUUGCAGGCGACGUGCAAGAAGAAGACCUGCUAUGGGCACUUUGGUUCACAAAUCAGCCUCACUCCAAAGUCUGCAUGCACUCCUACCUCUUCCCAUUCCCGGUGUCCCACCACACCCACAACGCCACGGCCUAUGAAUCCGCCAUAAUCUACAGAGGCUUCUGGAGCAUCUUCAUGCUCAUCGGCGUGGCGGCCGUGGUGCUCGCCGGCUUUUUCAUCAUCUGCGCGGCUCCCUUCGCUAGCCACUGCCUGUACAAAACGGGAGGUGGCUUCUUCCUGGCAUCGGGUUUCUUCCUGCUGUGCGUGGUGGUGAUGUACGUACUUUGGAUCGAGGUGUUGGACGCGGUGGACGUCUAUGUGAAUUACCAACGUUCCAACGUGUGUCCAGACUUCCACUUGACCCUCUACUACGGCCUCUCGUUCAUGUUCGCUCCCGUCGGCAUCUUCUUCUCUCUGCUGGCCGGCCUCCUCUUCCUCCUGAUUGGCCGAACCGUCAAGAUCCACUAUCACUAACUCUGGGGAAUCGAAAAGGAAACGCCAGCAAACCGGAAUACGUCCUUCAAGAGUUAAUGAGCUAGAGUACUGUGCAAAUGUUUUAGCUAGCAUGCUACAAUGACCCAAGUGCUACUUAUAAAAAUGUAAUAGCUCAUUCCUCAACUCACAUGACAACAAUCUAUAACAUGGUGCGCAAAGUAUGGCGUCGAUCUUUAAUUUGGCCCACAGAGCAGUUACAUUAUCAAGAGUCCUAUAAUUCCGGGUUUAUUUUCCUGAAACGUCAUUUUUCAAUUCGUUCAAUUCAUAAAUGGCAAAUUUAUGUAUUUUAAAUAGGAGUUUUGUUUAUUGUAAAAUAAAUACUUUUACAUAUAUAAUGUUUUUAAAAGGAUUUUGAUUAAAUAUGACUAAGUGAUCAUAAAUCAUGAACAUUGAAAAUGUGUAAAUUAUGACUGUGCUAUUACAAUAUUUUAAAUUAC